GGGGCCGUGGCCGGGUUGGGCGAGGGCGACGAGGCGGCCGGGAGCUGGGCUGCGGCCGCCGCCGCUUCUCGGCACGCGGGCGCGCUCCGAGCCUUCCUUUUUGGGCAGCCUCGCGGGCGCACGCACGGCCGGCGUCCCAGGGCCUCGGACUCGCGGGCCUCCGCCGGGCAGGCCGCGGAUCGCCCACCCCUUCCCCCAGGGUGAGUCCGUCGGGACGCGGGCGCCACCGGAGCGGAGGCGCCGAAGCCGCGCCCCAGGCUCGGAAGAACAGCCCUGAGCGGCCGCCUCGUCCUCUGCAGCCGAGCGGCGAGCACAAGGAGAGCGAGCUGCAGAGGGAGAGGGAGAAGCAGCCUCCCCACUGAGCAGGGAACUCCAGCAUCCUUGAAAUUAUGGUGGUAAUAUAAAACUACCUAUAAAAGGAGGAUUUAUUCAUUGCUAUUCAAAGGAGAGAAAGGUGAUGAUAAGCAGUUGCACUCAGAACAUAUACAACUAACAAGUGGUGGUCCGUAAAGUGACUUCUAGGAUGUUCUUUUAAAGAAUUGUUGAAGACGAAGUUUUUUUUAUUUUUGUUUUUUUGUUUGUUUUUUAAUGGCUUUACAGAAUUUUAAAUUGAAUACAAUUUGACAUGACGGCAAAAAAUGUUGGUUUGACUUCUACAAAUGCAGAACUAAGAGGAUUUAUAGAUCAGAAUCUCAGUCCAACAAAAGGUAACAUUUCAUUUGUUGCGUUUCCAGUUUCCAGCACCAACUCACCAACAAAGAUUUUACCAAAAACCUUAGGACCAAUAAAUGUGAAUGUUGGACCCCAAAUGAUUAUAAGCACACCACAGAGACUAACCAGUUCAGCAAGUGUUCUGAUUGGGAGUCCAUAUACCCCUGCACCAGCAAUGGUUACUCAGACACACAUAGCAGAAGCUACUGGCUGGGUCCCAGGUGAUAGAAAACGAGCUAGAGAAUUUAUAGAUUCUGAUUUUUCAGAAAGUAAACGAAGCAAAAAAGGAGACAAAAAUGGAAAAGGCUUGAGACAUUUUUCCAUGAAAGUAUGUGAGAAAGUUCAGCGGAAAGGUACAACGUCAUACAAUGAAGUGGCCGAUGAGCUGGUAUCAGAGUUCACCAAUUCAAAUAACCAUUUGGCAGCUGAUUCGCAGGCUUAUGAUCAGAAGAAUAUUAGGAGAAGAGUUUAUGAUGCUUUAAAUGUGCUAAUGGCAAUGAACAUAAUUUCAAAGGAAAAAAAAGAAAUCAAGUGGAUUGGCCUACCUACCAAUUCUGCUCAGGAAUGUCAAAAUCUUGAGAUAGAGAAGCAGAGGAGGAUAGAACGGAUAAAGCAGAAGCGGGCCCAGCUGCAAGAACUUCUCCUGCAGCAAAUCGCUUUCAAAAACCUGGUUCAGCGAAAUCGGCAAAAUGAACAACAGAACCAGGGCCCUCCGGCUCUGAACUCCACCAUUCAGCUGCCAUUUAUAAUCAUCAAUACAAGCAGAAAAACAGUCAUAGAUUGCAGCAUCUCCAGUGACAAGUUUGAAUAUCUUUUUAAUUUUGACAACACCUUUGAGAUCCAUGAUGACAUAGAAGUGCUGAAACGAAUGGGAAUGUCCUUUGGCCUAGAGUCAGGCAAAUGCUCUCUGGAAGAUCUGAAACUUGCUAAAUCAUUGGUGCCAAAGGCGUUAGAAGGUUAUAUCACAGAUAUCUCCACAGGACCUUCUUGGUUAAAUCAGGGACUACUUUUGAACUCUACUCAAUCAGUCUCAAAUUUAGACCUGACCACCGGUGCCACCUUGUCCCAAUCAAGUGUAAACCAAGGGUUGUGCUUGGAUGCUGAAGUGGCCUUAGCAACUGGGCAGUUCCUUGCCCCAAACAGUCACCAGUCCAGCAGUGCAGCCUCUCACUGCUCUGAGUCACGAGGCGAGACCCCCUGUUCGUUCAACGACGAAGAUGAGGAAGAUGACGAGGAGGAUUCCUCCUCCCCAGAAUAAAGACAGGAGAAAACCCAUGUUUUAAUAUUUGA